GUGCUAGUCAGUCUUUCAGUGGAGCGAUGACCCGCAUUACACGAAUGUUUUCUAGAAGACCUCGCAUAAAAGUCGGUGCGGCUUUGACCGCGUGCAGAUGUUUCCACACAGAACCAGUAAGAACUUCAUAUUCAUUGAGUACACUAACAACGCAGUGACCUGCAUUCACACUGACCUUGCAGUGGGACUCCUCACCUUGCAGGUCGGACAUGAAUCCAGCGGACUUCCGAUAGUUCAUCACAGCAAGUAUGUGUGCGACCUCCCACCCAACCACAGGUUCCCCAUGGGCAAGUUCCCCCGGGUUCUGCACCAUUUAAUCAAAGAUCAAGUCAUUACAGAGAAACAGGUGUGGGUCCCUGAAAUUGCCUCGAAAGAUUUACUCAGCUGUGUGCACACUGAGGACUACCUCAACAACUUCAUGAGUGGGAAAACAAAUGAGCAAGAACAGAGGAGGACAGGUUUCCCCUGGAGUGAAGGUAUAGUGAGACGCUGUCGAUAUGAAACGGGUGGGACUGUUCUAGCUGCUGAAGUAGCUCUGCAGAGGGGUCUGGCCUGCAGCACAGCAGGAGGAACCCAUCAUGCGUUUCCAAGCUACGGUUCAGGGUUUUGUCUCCUCAAUGACUUGGCAGUUGCAGCCAAAUACCUGAUGGGCAGCUCCUCGCCCAAAAGGAAGGUUCUGAUUGUGGAUCUAGAUGUGCAUCAGGGCGACGGCACUGCUUUCAUUUUUAAAGAGGAGCCCUGCGUGUUUACAUUUUCUGUGCAUUGUGGGAAAAACUUCCCCCUCCGUAAACAACAGAGUGACCUAGAUGUCAGCGUGGAGGAUGGGCUGGGAGACGAGGAGUACCUCUCCACAGUGGAGGCCCACCUCCCCCGGCUGCUGGAGACCUUCCGUCCAGACCUGGUCCUGUACGACGCAGGCGUCGACCCUCAUGGGGAGGAUGAACUCGGGCGGCUCCGUCUGACCGACCAAGGGCUGUAUCAGAGAGAUCUGUACGUGAUGAAGACCGUGGUGAGCAGAGGCGUUCCUCUCGCUGCCGUUAUCGGAGGAGGAUACUCGAGAGACAUCGACAAACUGGCCGUCAGACACUCCAUCGUUCACAGAGCAGCAACUCGGGUACGGUACACGGGGAAAAAACCAGAUGUUGGAUGAGGCUUCUUCAUACAACAGUGUUUACUUUAACAGUCUACAACAUGUCAACUGUUUCAGUGAACAAGAGUGGAUUUUGCAUUAAUGCUCGUCAUAUUUCAGGUGUGGAGGGAGUGUGGAAUGUGAAACCUUUAUGCCCUAAAUCAAGAGGAGCCUCAGAGCCAAACCGGUACUUGAUCUUCAGGAGCCAAUAUUUAUAUAACGGAAGUAAAAAACCUGGUAAUUCUACAUUAUAUGAAUCAAUACUUGUUUUAUAUACUGUAUAUCUAUUCUGUACAUGCAGCACGAUUCAUUCCUCACUGAUUCUACCGUCUGCUCAGAGUAUCUGAGCUCUACUCAGGAUAUUUUAAUUUAGGAAUGGUCACGCAAGUGGCUAUCACAGUGUGUGGUAUGUUUUGUCUGAAGAGUGAUUUAACAUGCCGUUUACCUCAUCAAGAUACUGCAUCAGUACUUCUAUAGUAGCAACUAUCUGUGUAACUAUUACACUAAUAAACACAAAUUGAGAAUCCUCCAAGUUAUUACAGGUAUCAUUCAUGACAGUAAAUGCAGCACAACACCACUCAUAAACAAAAAUAUUUAUUAAAGGAAAACCAAAAAAAACUCAAAAGUAUUUAUAUCAGGUCACAUAAGACAUGAAUGUACCAGUGUCACUUCAGAACAAACACAGCUGGUCGACGCACACUGUACUGAUCAGGAUAUGCACCGUCCUUGGCACAUAUGUUUCAGAUCUGACCGUGUUUUUAUGUCAUUCACCGACAUCAAGCAGCGACAUAUUUGUGGUACAGUGCAAUGUUUAUUCACAGUAUAUGAGGCAGUGUAUUUG